AUGGCUGCAGGUGCAUUUAUUCUUGGAUCCACAGGCUUGUGCGGGUACCAGAUGCUUCGAUUUGCCGAGAAAUCACUGUUGUUUGACAAGAUCAGCACCGUAGGCCGUAAACUUCCAGAUUUCAAGAGUGAAAAGGUCCAUCUAAUCCAAGAGGCAGACAGUGACAAAUGGCCCGAGAUCAUUGAAAAGGAAGCCAAGGGAUACAGCACCUUCUUCUCUGGAUUGGGUAGCACCAUUGGUGCCGCUGGAAGUGCAGAGAACUUUGAGAGAAUCGACUAUGGAAUUAACUACGCAGCAGCAAAGGCUGCAAAGAAGGCAGGUGUUCAAACAUUUGUUCUCAUUUCUGCCCCUCUUUCAAAUGCAAAUUCUCGCUUUCUCUAUAUUAGAACGAAGGGUAAACUCGAGGACGACAUCAUAGCGUUGAAGUUCGCCAGAACAAUCAUUUUGAGACCAGGUAUUUUACUUGGAGAAAGAGAAAAAUUCAGAAGCAUUACUGAAAGCAUUAUAGUAGGCAUCUCUAAGUACACCCAUGGUAACUUCCUCUCCGCAUUGACUGUGCCUGCGUACGGAGAGGAAAUGGGCCAAAUUGCUGUCAACUUAGCUCUGGAACCAAUUCCACAAAGUCAAACUGAGCCUAUUGUCAAUAUCAUAUCAGCUAAGCAGAUUACCAAUCUAGCCAAAAAGUUGUAA